GGGGAUUGGAACACCUGAAUCACAUGAUAUGGAGGGGAUUGGAACACCUGAAUCACAUGAUAUGGAGGGGAUUGGAACACCUGAAUCAUAUGAUUGGGAGGAGAUUGGAACACCUGAAUCACAUGAUAUGGAGGGGAUUGGAACACCUGAAUCACAUGAUAUGGAGGGGAUUGGAGCACCUGAAUCACAUGAUUGGGAGGGGAUUGGAACACUUGAAUCACAUGAUUGGGAGGGGAUUGGAACACCUGAAUCACAUGAUUGGGAGGGGAUUGGAACACCUGAAUCACAUGAUAUGGAGGGGAUUGGAACACCGGAAUCACAUGAUUGGGAGGGGAUUGGAACACCUGAAUCACAUGAUAUGGAGGGGAUUGGAACACCUGAAUCACAUGAUAUGGAGGGGAUUGGAACGCCGGAAUCACAUGAUAUGGCGGGGAUUGGAACACCGGAAUCACAUGAUUGGGAGGGGAUUGGAACACCGGAAUCACAUGAUUGGGAGGGGAUUGGAACACCUGAAUCACAUGAUUGGAGGG